AUUCUUUAAAUUCACAUUAAGAGAAGAAAAACAAAAUACGAAAGAUCAAAAGUUUUUUGCAUUGAUAGCUAUUAAAUUUUGCCGCAUUAUUCCAUUUUUUGCUGAUUGACUAAUUUUAUUUUUUUCAUAUUUUACUUUUCCUUUUUUGUUGUGAGUGUAACUGUACUCGACGUACUCGUGCAAGUUUUCUCAGCGCUUGUUUUUCCUGUUCGAAUUCACAUGUUGCAUGACAAUUCGGAUGUUUGCGGCUUGGUUCCUGUUAUAGUUUCAGAAUAGUGUCACAAGAAUUACAAAUAUUCAUGAAAGAAAAGAAGAUAAAGGGAACCUGUUUAGGUAGUUGUACUUCUCAUAAUUGUCAAAGGUCAAACUUGACAAAUAUAAAUUAUGCAUAAAUGUCAAAUGAACUAUAUUAUGCAUAACAUCGUAAUAUGAACACCUGUGCCUUGGGCUCUAUCCAAACUCAAAUUCUAACCAGUAAUUAUAGAUAAGAAUAUUAUUAAUUGCAAGAAAGAAACAUAAUGACAUCAAAAACAAUAUGUAUUGCUCAAGAAGGUCCAGCGAAUGCUUUAGCUCUUAAUAAAGAUAACAGUCAGGUUGUGAUAGCUGGCCGCAAUGUUUUCAAAAUAUUCACAUUGCUGGAAGAUAGAUUUGAAGAAGCUUGUAAUCUUCGUGUUGGCAAGAAUUUGAACCUGAAUUUUUCUUGCAAUGAUGUUGCCUGGAAUCUUAAUGAUGACCAUAUACUCGCGACUGCAGCAACGAAUGGUGCAGUGGUAUUAUGGAAUUUGAAUAGACAAUCUCGAUCAAAACAGGAUCAUGUAUUCGUGGAUCAUAAACGAACCGUGAAUAAAGUAAGCUUUCAUAUGACAGAACCCAUGUGGUUAAUAUCUGGUUCACAGGAUGGUACUAUGAAAUGUUUUGAUUUACGAAUAAAAGAAGCCAUCAAGACUUUUUAUAGUAAUACAGAAUCUGUUAGAGAUGUUCAAUUUUGUCCACAACAACCUCAUACUUUCGCUGCUGUGUCUGAAAAUGGCCAUGUACAGCAAUGGGAUAUGAGAAAAUCAGAUCGUUAUUUUCAACAUUUUACCGCACAUAGUGGCCCGAUAUUUGCUUGUGAUUGGCAUCCAGAAGCUACUUGGCUCGCUACGGCAUCUAGAGACAAAACUAUUAAAGUUUGGGAUUUAUCAUCUAAACCAAGUUGUGAUUAUACCAUACAUACUAUAGCAUCAGUGGGACGCAUAAAAUGGAGACCUCAGAAAAAAUAUCACAUAGCCAGCUGUGCUCUAGUUGUUGAUUGUAGCAUAAAUGUAUGGGAUAUUCGUAGGCCGUAUAUUCCAUUUGCGAGUUUCAAUGAGCAUAAAGAUGUUCCCACUGGUGUGGCAUGGAGAGGGAACCCACAAUCAUUUCUUUCAACAAGCAGAGAUUGUACUUUGUACCAUCACGUUUUUGACGAUGCAGUAAGACCAGCUAGUAAAGCAAAUCCGCAGAGUGUUGCGAUAAAUCUAAAACAUGACAUUACAUGCGCUUCUAAAGUGAAAUAUGAACCAGCAAGUAUUACGAGACAAUUAAGUAACAUAAUGAGGAGGACACCUGUAACAAAUGAUGAUGCUUUCUGUAUGGCUUCAAGUGUAAUGCACAGAUUUCGCGGAUGUAUACGUCAACCGAGAUGGUUUAAAAUAGCUGCAGAAAAUUAUUUACUUUCCGGAAAUUUUAGUGAAGCUUGCGAUCAUAAUGCGCGUAUUGCGUCUGAUUUUGGCAAUCAUGUUACUAGCAAAGCAUGGCAAAUCUUAAAAGUCAUGUAUACGGAUCCGUUUGAGAUACUUCAAAAAAGUGCACCCACGGCACCUAAAGAAGAGAUAGUCAAUACAUCAAAUAUAAUAAUACAAGGAGGAACAAAAAAUUCUGGAAUGGAACAAUCAAAUGCGAGUAAGCAAUCAAGUCACGAACAGGAUGCGAAAUCUCUUCAGGGAGAAAAUCCUACUGGCGCUGCCAGUGGCGGCGACGACGAGACUGAAACAGAAACCGAAGCGCCGGAGAAUCAAAAUAUUUCGGGACCAUCAACUAAUACGGCUACUGUUCUGCCGAGGAGACCAUUGCUUAGUGAUAUUCCUUCGACAUCACGAGGCGAUUUUAUUUUUGGAGAAACUGAGUAUGAACCUAUGUCUUUAGAACAUCCCAAUGAAAGUAGACAAACAGUAAUGCGAAUGGAGGAUGAUGAAUGGACCAAGGAAUUGCAAAAGGAGGCUUUUCCUUUGCGGCAUGAGAUUAAGGAUCGAUCGCCACCUCCAGAACAAUUUCCCAAUCAUCCUCCUGAUCUCGGCGAAAAUCCAGCUUCUGUUAUAGUUGAAGAUCAACCUCAGUUAGUAGUGCCGGUACUACCUAAGCCAUUGCCCUUUAAUUUUACAUCUCUAGUCUUGGAGGGGCUGCAUUUUCAUACAGUAAUGAGAGAUGUACAGACGACAGUGUCGAUGCUUAUAGUCCUGGGAGAAAUAAGGAAAACGUUGAAUAUACCAAUAGCUUUACAAGAACAUUGGAUCUUAGAAUAUUUAGAUAUGCUUGGUAAAUUUAAGCUUUGGCAUGUAGCUACACAGAUAAUACAAUUAGCAUGGAUUCCUUCUAUAUCACAAUUGAAUCAACAAUCAACUACAAUACAUGCAUGUUGCGUAGCAUGUACAAAAUCGUUGCAACGAUCUGCAUGGUUGUGCGAUCAUUGUCAUACUCCCGAACAUGCUUUAUGUUCUGUUUGUAAUCAGGUUGUACGUGGUAUUUACGUAUGGUGUCAAGGCUGUGCACAUGGAGGCCAUAUAAACCAUAUGAGAGAAUGGUUUAAUAAUAAUCGACAAUGUCCUACUGGUUGUGGACAUCUUUGCGAAUAUAAUUGACAAGAUACACUGACUUUGGCAAUGAAAUGGAUAUUUUUAAAUAAAAUGUAAUAUAAGAAUAUUAUAACACAAAUGCAAUGUAAGGAAUUCUGCACAAACUAAUUUUUAUAUAUACAGGAUAUCUGAUUCAUAAUGUACAUCGCUUAUGUGCAGGUAGAGCGAAUGAAACUGAGCAGAAAAGUCCUGUAUCAUUUUACGAUUUUCGCAGUGACUUAUUAAUUAUUAAAAAUCAUCGAGUGAGCGCGUAUCCGCCCGGCCCGCCGACAAAUUCCAAACAUAGCGAAAUGUUUG